GCCAUCCGUAUGAGUAUGACAGAGGCUACGAAAUUUCCGAAUGCUAUUGAAUCGUUUUUUCUGUCAACUCGUCAAGCAACCCAACUCUGAAAUCUCCGCCAAACACUUCGAGCUUAUAAAAUUGGGAUAUGGGUUUAGAAAAAUCUGAGCUUUCCCGUGUCUGAUUUUUGUUGUCUGAUUUUUGUUUUGACCAUCUUCUCUUCUUGUGGAGAUUCAAAUAGCUUGUCUAGAGAGUGAAGGGUUAUUGUGAUUUUCCAUUGGGGAAGUGGUUUUUCUCUCGGCUCUGUUCUAUUCUCCGAAUAUGAAGGUGACUGUUGUUUCACGGAGCGGUAGAGAAAUUAUUAAGGGUGGGCUUGAUCUGGAUGCUUCGGGUACAGUUAGUGAUCUACAAAAUGCUAUUCACCGUCGAACUAAAAAAUACUAUCCUUCUAGACAGCGUCUCACCCUGCCUCUACAGCCUGGAUCAAAAGAGAGGGCUACUGUUCUCGACCCCAGGAAAGUUAUGCUAGAUUAUUGUGAUGGAAAUGCGGACAAAUUGACUGUGGUGUUCAAAGACCUGGGCCCGCAGGUUUCCUACAGGACCCUUUUUCUCUGUGAGUACGUGGGGCCUCUGAUCAUUUAUCCCAUUUUCUACUUCUUCCCUGUGUACAAGUACUUCGGCUACAAAGAAGAACGCGUUAUCCGCCCUGUCCAGACUUAUGCAUUGUACUAUUGGUCCAUUCACUACUUUAAACGUAUGAUGGAGACAAUCUUCAUCCAUCGGUUUAGCCAUGCAACUUCACCCCUCUCCAAUGUGUUCCGCAACUGUACUUACUAUUGGACAUUUGGCGCAUACAUAGCUUACUAUGUGAACCACCCACUUUAUACCCCCGUAAGUGACCUCCAGAUGAAGAUUGGGUUUGGUUUUGGGUUGAUCUGUCAAGUUGCAAACCUCUAUUGUCAUCUCUUGUUAAAGAACCUGCGGAACCCUGAUGGGAGUGGAGGGUACCAAAUCCCAAGAGGCUUUCUGUUUAAUAUAGUGACCUGUGCAAAUUACACCACAGAGAUCUAUCAAUGGUUGGGCUUCAAUGUAGCAACACAGACAGUUGCAGGCUAUUUGUUCCUUGUUGUCGCUGCUUCUAUCAUGACUGACUGGGCCCUUGGAAAGCACCGUCGUUUGAAGAAGUUAUUCGAUGGAAAGGAGGGAAGGCCGAAGUAUCCACGCCGUUGGGUAAUAUUGCCUCCGUUCCUGUGAAAUACAGUGACAGAACCUGCUAAAUAAAACAGCAAGAUUUCAAGCUUGCUGAAGGUUAAGUCUUGACACAGGAAUGCUUAGACUAUGUUUCACCUUCCUUUGUGACUUCUGUGCCACUCUUUAUGGAGUUUAGAUAAGGAUUCUACCGAACAUAUUUUUUUUCGUGCAAGAUGAAGAACUCUGUAACCUAUUGGUUUACAUUAGAAGGAAAUGGGGAAUAGAAGAGAACCAUGAAGAACUCUGCUCUUAGGCUGUAGAGCUUCAGUUCUCAGUGAGUUUCCUUGUUCAUCUGUAGUUUGUUGUUUCCAUUAAAUUCAUCAAUUGCUGUUUUU